CUGCGCAGUUCAAUUUUUCACUCCUACUCUGGCUUCCGGACGCCAAGACAGACCGCUGCCGCCGAAUUUAAAGAGACAGGCGAUAGUUAUUUUAAAUACGAUAAACGGCAACCAUUGUCCCUUAGCUUAUUUUCCGACGCUUCUUGCCUGAGCUUGUUCAAUUCGAUGGUGAUGUUUAAUCAAAGUCGCAGCGAGUAGCAGCUUGUCUGUCAUCACCCUCCACUCUGCUGGAUUUCCCGUCCUUUUGCGCUGUGCCGAGACUGUCCAGCUAGGCAAAGUAGGGUUGCUCGCUGGCAGGCUGGCUUCCCGACCGAGAGGAAGGUUUGUCGGCUAGCCAACAACUGGAGGUAACACCGAAGCUUCCCUCUCAAGUUGUGGUAGUGGCUCUCAAGCCUCCUGUCGCCGGGAUAAUGGCGAAGAUUCAGGCACACAGCACCGCGAAGCAAAUAAACCAAAUUCAAGACAAGCCUUUCGUUAUAACACAGAAGCAAGUGCAGCAGCAGCACUUCCAGAAGCUGAAGGUUGAAGAUGCCUUGUCAUAUCUGGACCAAGUCAAAAUUCGUUUUGCAAAUGAUCCUGGCAUAUACAACAAGUUUCUCGACAUCAUGAAAGAGUUCAAGUCACAGAGCAUCGACACACCAGGGGUGAUAAACCGCGUGUCACAACUCUUCCAUGGACACCCAGACCUAGUCUUGGGCUUCAAUGCCUUCCUACCACCGGGGUAUCGGAUAGAGGUCCCCAAGAACGGGGUGGCUUUUCUCCAAUCUCCAUUCUCCACACAGGUAUCCCCAGGCCAGCAGGGGAAGAGUAUCACCCCCUCUGCAGUGACCGCGACCUCAGGUAGUGCCUCUACCGCCCAAACUGAAGCUGGACCUGCCCAGACCUCUGAAGUCAAGGCGGCCUCAUCAGAGUCCCUAUCUUCCUCAACCCCAGCAGGACCUCCAGAGCCUCCUAGCAGGCUUUCUCUUCCCCUGACUAGCAGAGAGAGCCAGAAUCAGGCCACCACCUCGUCUGUAUCCCCACCUGCCUCGGAGACGAGCCCCGUAGAGUUUGACAGUGCCAUCAGCUACGUAAACAAGAUCAAAAACCGUUUCCUGGACCACCCAGAGAUCUACAGAGCCUUCCUAGAGAUUCUUCACACAUAUCAGAAGGAGCAGCUGGAGGUGAAGGAGAGUCGAGGCAGCCGAGGCAGCAGUGGGAUGACAGAAGAUGAGGUGUUUUCUAAAGUUGCCAGUCUUUUCAAGGGGCAAGAAGACCUGCUGGCUGAGUUUGGACAAUUCCUGCCUGAUGCCAAGAGAUCAUUGUUCACAGGGAGCUCACUGACAGGGGGGAAAGAGCAGCUAAAAAGGCCAGAGGAAGAGGACACAAUAACCAAACAGAACAAAAAGAGGCCCAGGCCCAUCCUACUGCAGCACAUGUCCCCACUGCUCAAGAAAAAAAUGAAGUAUUCCUGUACCAAAGAUCAGUCCUUUGCUUCAGUUGGCAAACAUGGAGUCUUAAGAGAAUUCUCCUUCUUUGAUAAGGUUCGCCGCCUGUUUAAAAGUCAGGAAGUGUAUGAGAACUUCCUGCGCUGCAUCGCCUUGUUUAAUCAGGAAGUAGUUUCGGGAGCGGAGCUGCUACAGCUAGUCACUCCUUUCCUGGGGAAGUUUCCCGAACUGUACACACAGUUCAAGUCAUUUCUGGGGGACAAAGAGCUCUCUCAUGCUGUGUCAGGGCUGUCGGAUCGCUACAUGGAAGGGGGAGGGGGCAGGGAGGUGGAUUAUGCCUCCUGCAAGCGCCUGGGGUCCAGCUACAGAGCAUUGCCCAAGACCUACCAGCAGCCUAAAUGCAGCGGGCGCACCGCCCUAUGCAAGGAGGUGUUGAACGACACCUGGGUGUCAUUCCCCUCCUGGUCAGAGGACUCCACCUUCGUCAGCUCGAAGAAGACUCCUUAUGAGGAACAGCUGCAUCGCUGCGAGGAUGAAAGAUUUGAGUUGGAUGUGGUUCUGGAGACAAACCUGGCCACCAUCAGGGUGCUAGAAAGCGUCCAGAAGAAGCUCUCUCGACUUUCACCCGAAGACCAGGACCGAUUCAGAUUAGACGACUGCCUGGGCGGCACCUCUGAGGUCAUCCAGCGCCGUGCUGUGUAUCGUAUCUAUGGUGACAAAGCCCCUGAGAUCAUUGAGGGAUUGAAGAGGAGUCCUGCUACUGCUGUGCCUGUGGUGCUAAAGAGGUUGAAAGCCAAGGAGGAGGAGUGGAGAGAGGCCCAGCAGGGUUUCAAUAAGAUAUGGAGGGAACAGUAUGAGAAGGCUUACCUGAAGUCCCUCGACCACCAAGGAGUCAACUUCAAACAGAAUGACAUGAAGGCCCUGCGGUCGAAGAGUCUUCUCAAUGAGAUUGAGAGUGUCUACGAUGAGCGUCAGGAGCAGAGCACAGAAGAGGGCGGAGUUGGCCAGCAGGGCCGUAACGGCUCUGGUUCGGCCUCAUCCAGCGAGCCCCACAUGGUGUUUACAUAUGAGGACAAACAGAUCCUGGAGGACGCUGCCUCGCUCAUCAUCUACCACGUCAAACGUCAACCUACCAUCCAUAAAGACGACAAGGACCACAUCAAGCGCAUCAUCCAGCACUUUGUCCCCGACCUGUACUUCACCCGCCGCGGCGAGCUCAGUGAUACUGAAGAAUGGACAGAUGAGGAGGCUGAGCCCGAGGAGGGGGGAGAGAGAGGCGGACUUGGAGGUGGAGCAGCAGCAGCAGCAGCAGCAGCAGCAGGAGGAGGAGGAGGAGGAGGAGGAGGAGGUAAUUCUAAUAAUGCAUCAGGAGCAGCAGCAGCCACAGGUAGUCAGUCUCUACCCCAACCUGCCCAAUCACAGUCCCAGGCCCAGUCCCAACCCCAGCAGCAGCUCAACGGGGAGUCCAGGCGGAGGCGCUGCAGCCCAUCCCAACCUGCAGACACAGAGGCCUCCACCACCUCCAGUAGCAUGAGCCAGCCUGGAGGGACUGCCACAUCCACCCCUGGAUCUACGCCUAUGGAGAUGGGUUCAGGUGCAGCUGGGGAGAAGGUGGACCUGCGUGACCCUGAAGCAGAGCACCAGAAGGAGCUGGACGGCGUCUACAACCUUUUCUUCGUCAACAACAACUGGUAUUUCUUCCUGCGGCUGCACCAGACGCUGUGUUCGCGGCUGCUGCGGGUUUACCGACAGGCAGAGCGGCAGCUGCUGGAGCACCGAGCUGAGCAGAGCAGGGAGAGGCUGCUGAUGGCAGAGGGAAGGAGAGAAAAAGCAUGUGACCUCGCCAUGGAGCUCCGACUCAAACAGCCCAGUGAGGUGGAGUUAGAGGAGUACUACCCAGCCUUCCUGGAUAUGGUGCGCAGCCUGCUGGAUGGCAACCUGGACUCCACACAGUAUGAAGACACACUGAGGGAGAUGUUCACCAUCCACGCCUACAUCGGCUUUACCAUCGACAAGGUCAUCCACAACAUCAUUCGGCAGCUGCAGCACCUAGUGAGCGACGAGGUGUGUCUGCAGGUGGUUGAUCUUUACCUGGCUGAGAGGAAGAGGGGGGCAGCAGGGGGAAACCUGUCCUCGCAGUGUGUUAGAGCAGCCUGGGAGACCAGCUACCAGUGGAAAUCUGAGAGAGUCAUGGCUGAAGAGAACUGCUUCAAGGUGAUGUUUAUCCAAAACAAGGGUCAUGUGACGAUGACUAUUGAGCUGCUGGACACUGAGGAGGCCCAGGCUGAUGACCCGUUAGAUGUACAGUGCCUGUCGAGCUACAUGGAGCAGUUUGUAGGAACAGAGUCCAGUCUGUGUUCUCAAGCAGAGGGCUACUUCUUCAAACCUGUAUUUCUGCCCAGGAACCUGCGUCGUUUCCGUCGCUGGCAGGUGCGGCAAGUGGAGGCGAUGCGCUGCAGGAGAGAGUGGCACCGCCAGCUGGGUGUGGAGAAUGCCGGGAGUCUGGACUGUCGAUUUAAACUCAACACUCACAAGAUGGUGUUUGUCAUGAACUCUGAGGAUUACAUGUACCGCAGAGGAGCGCUGGUCAAGGCCAGGAAGUCGCAGCACAGAGUGGCAGCGAGCCAGCAUGAACGCUUUGAUAAGUGGCACCAGGGCUGGCUGGCCAAUCACGUUACGGCCUCGGCUGAACGCACGGUGCAGAACUGGCUAAUGGGCGAGGAGGAAGAGGACAUGAUCCCCUGCAAGACGACCUGCCUGUCGACUGAGGUGAAAGGGCAAACGGUGAACAGAUACCAAGUUCAUUACAGCGGUAGCAAAGCCCCAGCCUCACCGUAGAGGCCCGCAUAGAGAUGGACAUACAGCACACACACAGGUAAAUGCAUGGACGUACAGGACAUUCAUACACUAAACACAGACACGAACGGCUGCAGUCCCACCUCUCCACCUUCCUCCACAACAUGUUCACUCAUUCACUUUCACUCAUGGAUGAAGAAACUGGCAGAGACGCAGUGCAGACUCUGGACUGUUUACACCAGUGAACAGGGCGUCAGUGAAUGAGUGAGAGGAGUGAUGACGUGGAGAAAAAAGGACCAACACAGACAGUGAAGUAAUCAAUGAGAGUGAACUUGGCCCUGAUCGACGGGGCGAGUUGGACACGACGGCACAAACGGAGCUCAUCAUCAUAAUCAUCACCAUCAUCCUAGCUUCUCUGGUGGCACUAAAAGUUGAUAAGACUGAUGGACAGAGACAGUUGAUCAGGUGAGAAGUUAUGAGAUCAUGAAAUUUGUUUCAGAAAUGUGAAUGUCUUUCUUUUUUUUCUUUUCUUUUUUUUUAAGUCAAGUGUAGUUUUUAGCUUCUAAAGCCAGAGAGCCUUCUGUUUGUGGGUUGGUUGGUUUAUGCGUGUUUAUAUGGAGAGAUAAUGGUAAACGUGUGUAUGUAUGUGUAUCCUGCUCUCUUCAUUUUGUCUGUUUGUAUGCCCAGUACAGGCUCUACAACUCUAGUAAUUCAUAUUACUGUAUGUGCAUAUAUACAACAGGGAUCCUGUAUUUUUAUAUAUGCAUCUACACAAGUUGAUUGAUACAUCUUAAGAUCACGUGGUUCUUUACAGUGUUUUGCUGUCAGCCAACUCUUGAUGUUUGCAUUUUGUUUUUUUGUAUUUUUUCCCUUUUUUUGUGUUGUAGCUAAACAAGAUAUCACCAGGGCAACAAGGAGUCCUUAAAAUUAAUUGGUUUAAUAUGGAUGAAGCAGUCAAAUUAUGUAUCAUAAUCAUGAUACUAAAUGUUUACUUUGUAUUGUCUUUUUUUUGGCAUACUGACAUUGAAAAUAAAAGCAAAGUAUCAGUGUUAAAAUAGAAUGUAUAACAUUUAUCCUGUAUCAGUUAUCACAAAAUAAACAACCUACUUGUGACCUUCUUA